CGACGCGUCAUGUGACUCGCGCGGCGAAUUGACAGUUCGUUUUGCACGCGUCGCGACGCGUCUCGCCUUUUCCUUGUUCCGUGUUCGUGUCGUGCCGCGUGAUUUCGGAAUCGUGGUGCGUCCGACAACGCGCGCUCUCCGCAGAUCAAUCUCCGACGCGAUAAUUCGUUACCCCCUCGCCCCCCGCCCCCUCUUCGUCAAGGCAUCGCAAGAGAGCGAUGCGCGGUGUUGUGACCGUUCGGCUCCGAAAAUCAUCUGGGAAUUCUCGAAUUUUUCACAGACAUAGGCGACCACUGAGGUUAUAUCAAGUUCAUAACCCCAUAUGAAGAGUCGCAGGAGGACGACGCGUAUGCUGAACGAGGAGAAUGAACAUGACGAAGAUAGAGGAAUGUCAGGCGACUGUAAAACACAUAGAUAGAGAUGGGAGAAACGAUAAAGCUAGGGAUGAUAAAGCUAAAAGCCAAUCUAUGAGGAAAAAGGAUAGCGAUGAUGAGAUCGACUACGGGAAUCUGAUGGCACGGGAGGAUCCCGCGGAAGAGACUGGUGUGGUUAAAAUCGGUAUCCAGGGCAUGACAUGCCAGAGUUGCGUGAGGAACAUCGAGGGGAUGAUCGGCAAACGAUCGGGCGUCAUCAGUAUCAGGGUUGUCCUGGAGGAGAUGGCCGGCUACAUCGAGUACAGGAUGCGCGAGACGACGCCACGAGAAUUGGCGGACGCGAUCGAGGACAUGGGAUUUACCGCGAGUCUACCAAUGUCCGACGACGUCACGAUGAACGAAACCACGAAUGCCCUCGUCUCCUUAGUACCUGCCACCAAGUCUUGCAUUAUACAUGUGGACGGAAUGACUUGCUCGUCGUGCGUUAAGAACAUCACCGGUGUUCUCUCCGAAAAGCCCGAUAUAAGGGACGUCAAUGUUAGUCUAGAGGAUAAAGAAGCCAAGGUCUCUUACAGCAGCGAUGUAACGGCCGAUCAAGUAGCAGCAUACAUAGAAGACAUGGGCUUUACCGCAUACGUGAAGGAGAUAGACGGCAAAGUUGUGAAAUCUCUUGUUGUAAAUAAUAACAAAAAAACGGAAUUGAUACAAGUUAACGGUGGUGGUGACGUCAAGGGACAAUUGUCAAAGUGUUUCUUACAUAUAACGGGUAUGACUUGCGCUUCCUGCGUCGCCGCGAUAGAAAAGCACUGUAAAAAGUUAUAUGGUGUAAACAGCAUAUUGGUAGCGUUAAUGGCCGCCAAAGCAGAAAUCAUGUACAAUCCGGAUAAAAUAAGAGCGGUGGAUAUUGCUUCCAGUAUAUCGGAAUUGGGCUUUCCUACGACUCUAAUCGAAGAAUCUGGGACUGGAGAAGGCGAGAUUGAAUUGAAAAUCUUGGGUAUGACAUGCGCAUCAUGCGUAAACAAAAUAGAAUCGACCGUGAAGAGAUUACCCGGUAUACGAUCGGCAGUGGUCGCUCUCGCGACGCAACGGGGAAAGUUCAAGUACGACGCGGAAAAGAUCGGCGUCAGGGAUAUUGUUGAAAGUAUUAAUAAAUUAGGCUUCACUGCCAAUUUGUUCAGCAACCGAGAUAAAGAGAAUAGAGAUUACUUGGACCAGAAAGAAGAGAUAAGUAAAUGGCGAACGGCCUUCUUGAUAUCAUUGAUCUUCGGAGUUCCGUGCAUGAUAGCAAUGACGUAUUUCAUGGUAAGCAUGUCCAUCGGCAACACAACGCACGAGGAAAUGUGUUGCAUAGUACCUGGUCUCUCCUGGGAAAAUUUUAUACUUUUCGUGUUCUCCACACCGGUGCAGUUCUUUGGCGGCUGGCAUUUUUACGUGCAAGCCUACAAAGCUAUAAAACACCGCACAACCAAUAUGGAUGUCUUGAUCUCAAUGACCACCACGAUCUCCUACUUUUAUUCUGUCGCCGUCCUAACUGCCGCUAUGAUAAUGCAAGAAAAUGUCAGUCCACAGACGUUCUUUGAUACUCCGCCGAUGCUGCUAGUCUUCAUCAGUCUAGGAAGAUGGCUUGAGCAUGUGGCGAAGGGGAAAACAUCCGAAGCUCUUUCAAAAUUAUUAUCCUUGAAAGCCACGGAUGCUGUAUUAGUUACGCUUGGUCCGAAUAAUGAAAUACUAUCUGAGCGUUUGAUAAGCAUCGAUCUAGUGCAACGCAACGACGUGUUGAAGGUGGUUCAGGGUGCCAAAGUGCCUGUUGACGGCCGCGUACUGUCUGGUCAGUCGACCUGUGACGAGAGUUUAAUUACGGGGGAGAGUAUGCCAGUGCCAAAGAAUAAGGGUUCAGUAGUGAUCGGCGGGUCGAUCAAUCAAAACGGACCGCUAUUGAUCACCGCUACGCAUACAGGCGAACACACGACAUUGGCGCAAAUCGUUCGCUUGGUAGAGGAGGCGCAGACAAACAAAGCGCCAAUCCAACAGCUGGCCGACAAGAUAGCCGGUUAUUUUAUACCUGUGGUUAUAUUAGUCUCCGUAGUGACACUGAUAAUCUGGAUCAUCAUCGGUUACAUGAAUGUCGAGCAACUGCCCAUGUUGCACAACGAUCAAAUGAAUAAGACUGGCAGGAAUCGUACAGAAAUCAUACUUCAAUACGCUUUUCGAAGCGCCCUGGCAGUGCUCGCAAUUGCCUGUCCUUGCGCACUUGGCUUAGCCACGCCAACCGCGGUUAUGGUUGGUACUGGAGUAGGCGCGAUGAACGGUAUUUUGAUCAAGGGUGCCGAACCGUUGGAAAAUGCGCACAAAGUUAAAUGUGUUGUCUUCGACAAGACAGGAACGUUGACGCACGGUGUGCCGACUGUCACCAGGAUCGGUUUGUUCGUGAAUGAGAAGAUCUGCUCGUUGGCAAAGUUUUUACUGAUCAUCGGCACGGCAGAAAUAAAUAGCGAACAUCCUAUUGCGUCAGCAAUCGUACGCUAUGUAAAAGAUACGAUCGGAUCAGAUGCUACUGGGCAGUGCACGAAUUUUCAAGCGGUUGCUGGCUGUGGUCUCAAGUGUAAGGUGUCCCACCUGAAUGUCGCUCUGUCCGAUGCACUAAAGUCCGAGAAGAUCAUCAAUUAUGUGAAUCAGACGACCAAUACGCCGGCCGGGAUAUAUAAUCUCAAUAACGUGCCUGUCGACAAUAUACCGAUUGUCGAAUCGACGCGGGAGAGACAAAAUUUAGAUCUGCAAUUACUGUUAAAUCCUGACUCGCAAGGCGAUCGGAACAUCGCCGAUGACAUGUAUGAAGUCUGUAUCGGUAAUCGGGAAUGGAUGCGCCGGAAUGCAAUCAAUAUUCCGCAAGAGAUCGAUGCGAGGAUGAUUAACGAAGAGGAUCUUGGACAUACUGCCGUCUUAGUUGCUGUAAAUAAUGUUCUGAUCGCCAUGAUCAGCGUCGCCGACACUGUGAAGCCCGAGGCGCAUCUCGCGGUCUAUACCUUAAAGAAAAUGGGAUUGCAAGUGAUUCUUUUGACAGGUGAUAAUAGGAAAACCGCGGCUUCUAUCGCUAGACAGGUUGGCAUCAGCAAAGUUUUCGCCGAAGUCUUACCAUCUCACAAGGUGGCUAAAAUUCAACGACUACAAGAUCAAGGUUUAAGAGUCGCCAUGGUAGGAGACGGUGUCAAUGACAGUCCGGCUCUAGCUCAAUCGGAUGUCGGUAUCGCUAUCGCAUCGGGUACCGAUGUUGCUGUAGAGGCUGCCGACGUAGUCCUGAUGCGCAACGAUCUUCUGGAUGUAAUCGCGUGCUUGGAUUUAUCACGGAGAACGGUCUACAGAAUAAGAUUAAAUUUCUUAUUCGCAAGUAUCUACAAUCUCUUAGGGAUUCCCAUAGCCGCUGGAAUAUUUAGUCCCAUCGGUCUCUUCCUCCAACCGUGGAUGUCUUCCGCCGCCAUGGCUUUAAGUUCAGUUUCUGUAGUGGGAAGUUCUUUACUAUUGAAACUUUAUCGGAAACCUACUAAAGCCACCUUGGAAACUGCAGAGUACCUAGCAGCUGUACAGGCCCACUCCACAGCGCGAAUGAUUGAUUUAGACACAAUAUCACUUCAUCGGGGAUUGGACGAUUCAGUCGCACCGGUUAUGAACAGAUCAACGUCCACAUUGUCCAGAAUAUUUGGAAAGUCAAAAUCCGAUCCCGAAGGCCAUCUUCUUGGUGAAGAAGUUGACGAGAUUGAUUUGGCUAUGAAUUUUUCACAUUAUCGUAAAAAUGCGAAAAACUCUAUAGAUAUGACUCCUGUAUGAAUCUUGCAGGGCUACAUAUAUGACAAACAUGUUUCUUCCAGCGACUUAUAUUUCAUAGUAAAUUAAUAAGAAAUUAUCUAUAUUUUUAAUAUCUUUUACAAUUAACUGUAAGAAGUUAACUAUAGUCAACUAAUAAUUCUAUUAUU